AUGCGGCUCUCGAUACCAAACACGGAGGAAUUUAUGAAGCGAAUUUUCUACCGACUCGGUUUAUCUAUUGGCUACCAUCCAUGGCGGUUCAUUACUGGUUUACUACUUUUUACGGCUAUUACCUCAAUUGGUUUUGUAAGAUUUCAUCAGCGUAACAAUGCACGUGUCACUUUCACCGAUUCUGAUUCUGCAAGCCAUAAAGAAUCACAAGUUGUUGAGGAAUUUCUUCAACAGAACGGGACACUUAAUAUGAUAGAGGUGAUGAUUGAAGCGAGGGAUAAUGGUAGCCUGUUAAGGGAAGAUCAUCGUAAACAAGUAUGGGAUUUAGUUUACGAAAUUUCAAACAACAUUUCCAUUCAAGACUCGUCAGGACGUUCCUUGACCUAUAAGGAUAUGUGUGAUCCAUAUUGCCAGAAAAACGAUGCCUUUUACGCUCUUCUAAAGCUCUACAACCAAAAUUUCUCCAGAGUCGACAUUACAUAUCCGACUAUGGAUAUACUUGGCAAGCAAGUUUUUAUUGCUGCAAACGUUUACGAUGUGAGCGUCGAUCACCAAACAAACGUUCUCAAAAACUUCCGUACCAUAAUACUUCGUUAUUAUAUGGUAUAUCCAGAAAAUAAGCCGUUACUAGCUUGGGAACAAAAAUUGGUGACCCUUCUUUAUGACUCUUCCAAGUAUAAUCUCUUACGAUGUGGUGCAGCGUCCGACAGUCUCGUUGCGAACGAGGUCCGAGAUAUGGGAAACAAGACAGCUCCACUUCUGAGCAUCUCUCUGGCUGUCCUCAUGGUGUUUUUGAUGUUAUGUUCGUUUAGAUACAAAAGAAGGGAAUCAAAACCGUUCGAAGCACUUCUCGGAGGUGCAACACCACUGCUCGCAGGAAUAACAACCGUCGGAUUAGUAUCAGCGACCGGAUUGGCGUUCCAAUCGAUUGUUGUUAGCACUCUUUUCCUGCUACUAGCUAUUGGUUAG